AGAUCGCGCUGUCAGUCAUGACGUGGGCGUGGUGAGGAGGUGGGGUCGCAAACGGCGCCCUGGGGAGAACCGGCGUUUUCUGUCGGUGCCAGAAGUGGGGGCCGGAAGCAGACAGUCUGUGCAGGGAGUCUGCACGGUUUGCCGUGUGUCCCUCCUCCUUCCCCUCCGAGACGGUUUGUCCUAUCACCCCCCUGUAGCCCCCAGGGACGGUUUGUCGCGCUCCUUCCCCAGGGGCUCGAGCCGCUGACAUGAAGCUCACUCUGGGCCGUGCCGUUGUCCUGGUGACUGUGGCCGGGCUCGGCUUCUGGAUGUUCCGCGCGUGGCUAAGUAGUAAGGAGCACGUGUUCAACCGGGAAGACCUGAGCAAGCUGGCCCGGCAGUACUCAGGUCUUAAUCAUGACCAAGCAUUCACAAAGGUUGUGGUUGAGUUAAGGAAAAGGUAUCCUGGUCACAUUCUUCCAGAUGAGGACCUGCAGUGGAUCUUCGUAAAUGCUGGUGGCUGGAUGGGUUCUAUGUGCCUUCUGCAUGCAUCGCUAACUGAAUAUGUGCUACUUUUUGGAACAGCAGUGGACACGGGGGGACACUCGGGUCGGUAUUGGGCUGAAGUGACUGACACUAUUAUCUCAGGAACUUUUCAACAGUGGAAAGAAGGGACAACUAAAAGUGAAAUAUUUUACCCAGGUGACACUAUCGUCCAUUCCAUAGGUGAAGCCACAUCUGUGCGCUGGAGUGCUGGAACAUGGAUGGUUGAAUAUGGUAGAGGUUUCAUUCCUUCCAUGUUGGGGUUUGCAUUGUCUGAUACAAUCUUUAGCACACAAGAUUUUCUUACCCUUUAUUAUACAAUAUCCGUCUACACAAAAGCACUUAUUUUGGAAGCCCAUACUUACCUCACAACAGCUGGAUUCUUUUGAUGCUGGGUAGAGACCAUUUUGUAAGGUAUACAUUUUAUUGGUCUCUUUUUGACAUUGGUUUAUUUCACCUACUGUUUGAAAAUUUACUUGUGUUCAUCAGUUCUAGAAAAUUUGCUUGUUCUUUGUAUGCUACAUUUUUUCUGAUAAAAUUCCAAUCUUUUUAUGUCUCUACAUUGAGCAAAACAAAGUAUUGUGUAAAAGAUCAAAUCAGAAGUAUAGAUCUGUUUGCAUAAUCUCACAUAUGUCAAUUUAGAUAUCAAUGUUUUGCUGUAUCUUUUAGAACUAAUUUGGAUGGUAAAUUGAGAAGUCCAGGACUAGGAACAUGUUGUUAUUUUUAACCACUGAAGUGAAUCUUUAGCAUGUUUCCAUAUCUAAACUACUAAACCUGAUGGUAAAAGAUGUUUCUUAGAUUUGGUUGGUUACCUAGAUAUUAAGUUCUGUAAAGCCAUUGAAUCAAGCAGAUUUAUACAUUUGAGAUUAAAUUGUUAAUUGGGUUUAAUUCAUAAUUUUGUCAUAAAUUGUACACGUUCAUUCAUGGUGUAAAUUUUUUAUGUCAUUUGAAUAUUUCAAUAUUCUGAACCAAUAUGACAGAUGGAAUUGUGAUAAGUUGCAGUGUAGAUGUGUUAAAAUACAAAGAAACCUCUUGUUGGUCUGAUCAACACCAGUUAAUAUUGUAUUAGAGGCAUUUUGAGAUUUCAGAAUUCCAAACAGGUUCAGUUGCAGUCUUCAUGUUGGACCGAGCUGUCAAUAACUUCCCACCUUUUCAUCUAAUAUGUACUUUCCCCCUCCACUUGGAGCACUACCCAGCACAUAGGCAAUAAGAAUGCCUAUGUGCCUGUGCAACCUCCAAAUUGCCUAAUAUGUUAAUGGCAAGACAGUCACUUCAGAACAACUUCCCAAACGUUUUAAUCACCAAAUAGUAAGCAAUGUGUAAUUCAGUUUGAAUUAAACAGACCUCCAUGACACUAGCCCACACAAGCUGACCAUUCACUAGAUCUUGCUCUGAACCAAAUACAAAGGUAGAUUCUUCCCCCCUCCCCACCCCCCACUUCUUGGUAUCAGUAAGAAAAUUAAUAUUUUCAUUGCAGGUUGGUGAUGGUGCUGAGUCCUCACUUGCUCUUUGGUGGGUAGAAUUACCACUAAUAUAGUAGCAUUUUUCUCCCUCUCACUAGUUUAUAUAUGAAAAAAAUUGAUGGAGAUAAUUCAUUUGAUGGAUGUUUUACAUGUGAUCAUUUAAUUAAGUAAACUUUAUUAAUGGCAUUUUCUACCAGAAAUGGUGUUUCUUUGUGGAAAGCCCGUAAUGACCAUGUUCACCUGGGUGGUUGUCUGAAGGUUUUGCAGAUGUUCUGCUUGUUUUUGAAAACUUGAUUUUUUUUUCUUUGCAUUUUAACAUGUAUGUUUCAAAUGCAACUGAGUUAUCCUUUUGAGGGGAAUACUGCAGUCCUGAAAACCUGCUCACAACUCAUUUCUUAGAUUUAAAGCAAUAUCUCCAAAUUCCAUGCAACCACCACAAACUUACACCAUUAAUUAAAAUACAAGGUAAUCUUGAUCCAAUUAAGGCCAGUUUGAGGGCCGAAGUGUGAUUGGGAAAGUAACUACUUAUAAGUUUGAAUAUAAAAUGUAAGUAUUUCAAAUUCUAUGCAAAGUAAUACUGUACCAAACAAUUCCGCUUUUAAAAUUCUUGCAUAUGCAAUGAUCCUAUACACCCUUUUUCCUUUCCACACAGAUUUGUUCAUAUUUGUUGUAUGCACUUAGCUUUAUUUUUCAUGUAAAUUCCAUGUCAGAUAUGAAUUUUAUUUACACGUUUCUCCAGCACACUCUAAUUUGGUUCAGGUUUCUAGCAUCUGUAGCCCUUUCUGUUUAUUUCAGCAUCUUUGGAUGUUGUUGAUGUAGCUUCUUUACUCCAUAAAAUGUCAAGUAUUUUAAAAAUUUCUAUAGCUAAUUAAAUGCUAGCAGAAUUUAUUGUUUCUUGUUCAUGUUUGUAGCGUGAUCACCGUUCUUGACAUAUUAGUUCAAAUAGUAAAUAGGAGAUUGUGUCCAAAUCUAUCUUUGAACCAAGAAAAAAAAUGGUCCGAUAUAUGCUGCUUGCUGUUUUGGAUCAAUUUAAUAUCAAACUUAAAUCUUAACUCUGCAAUCCUCAUACUGCAUGCAUGAUGUUGGAAUAAAUCUGCAAUAAUUCAAAUAAGAUUUUUUUUGGAUUGGGAUAUUUCUGUUAAAGCAUGGGUCAAAAACGUUUAGACAGACAUUGCAUGGAGUGUGACAGUAUGAACAUUUUUAGAUGUUGGCUUUUCAUUGAUAAAAUCACGUGACCUAAACUGCUCAGUGUAAAAGUUUAACUAUACUUUCACAUGAAAUUUGCAGUGGAUCGUUGCAGUGUUCUGAGCCAACUUUAAUUGAGUACUUGACCUGCCAGCAGUCAGUCCUGAUUUUUUUUUUUUGUUGGGUGUGGCAAGCCUCAAGGUGGAGACCUCCUGCCUCUCUUCAUUCAAUAAGUUUUAGUCCUCACUUGGUCUCUUUUACAUUUCCUUUUGUUUUUGUUUUUAAAUUUACAUUAAUGUUGAAUGUUCUUCUUGAGGCUAUAGCUUUGAUUUUUUACGCUGGUUUUGGAUGGACACAUCGAGGUAUUCUGGCAAGUGUCCAAUCUUGCAUGCUGAGACUCAAAGGUAUUUGACUUCCUGCGCUCAUUUGUAUGUUCUUGACCUUGCCUAGCCAGCAGACAAGUGGAAUAAAAGUUCAGGCUACAGGAUAUCAUUGUUGUGAUCUACAGCAAUGUUCCCCAGCAGUUGAUUGAAUGGUGAGUGGGAAGAUGCUGUGGUGAUAUGCUAGAGGGGUGGGGUGGAAGCUGAGAGUGAGAGAAAUCCAAGAUUUACUGGAUCCUGGUUCACAGGCAGUUUUUAAACUAUAACUUGUCUGUUCUGAUCCUUGACUUAGUUGCAAAAGAUUUUGCCUGGUGAUAAACUUAUUGCUCAGUCGCAAGGUGUCAGGUUGGACCAUGAUGAUCUUCUUGGAGCCCGACAUGUAUCUUUUUUAUUCUUCAAAGAAAAUCCCACCACAUAAAUUUACGAUAUUUCGGAUCAUGGUAAAAAAAUGACUAGGUAUGUCCCUGCUCCAUUUUGACUAUAUUCCACUUGAUAAGGAGUUACAGUCUGUAUUUUGUAUUUUAUCUGUUAGUAUUCAACUUCUUAAAAUUUCUGUAGCUAGUACUGCUAUUGGAAGCAAACGUAGAAAUUGUAUUACAUGUGGAAUAAAGCUAAAGUCCCAAAGUUAUGGAAUAUAAUUAUUGCACUAAUUAGUAAAUUAAAAAUAAAGUUGAGGAAUUCGAAGUCAGCUAAAUGUCUUGAGUUAUUUUUCUUUUUGAGGAGUGUGGUGGGAGGUUGGGGUUAAGUGGAACUUAUUCUCUGUUUUGCUUUGUUUUAUUUGAUGUAAAAUAGUGAAAGGUAGAAAACAUAAUUGCUGAAAAGAGAGUAUGCACAAACAUUCGUCUUGCACUCAUUAGGAGAAAACAUAAUGCCACAUUUCAAAUAUUCAUAACAGUUUGUAUCACAGGAGAAUAGACUGCUGAACAGUUCACCAGUUGACUCUGGCCAAGACAUCACCAUGACAUGUAGGGAGCAUCUAGUCUGCUUUGGUUUCUCCAUGGCAACCCCUUAGUCAGAAUCAACCUUACCAUUGUUGUGAUCAUUUUGAAAUUUGGCGUUCUUGUCUUUUGUGCAAGAGACAAAACUCAAGAAUGUCUUUUUUUUCAGCAAUAUUGAAGAUCUGUAUUGCCAGGCAAUUGUUUGAAAAAUAAUGUAUGUAUAUUCAAAUGUGGCAUUUGCUUUUUAAUCAAAAGUUUUAUUUUUUGUUUUGGAAAUAUUGCUCAAAUAUUUAAAAGAGCUUCUGUUCCAGUCUACUGCCCUACUUGUAUUUGUAAAUAAACACUGAUUGAUAUAUAACUGUCAAGCAUAAAUAACCAUGUAUUAUGUAA